CCCGGGCAGCCCCGCGCCCGCCCGCGCCCUCCUCUCCCGCGGCCCCCCUCCCGCGCCCCCCGGGGUCCCGCCGCUGACCCGCGCGGGAUGUGACCCCCCUGCGCCCCGCCCGGCCUCCCCCGACCUCCGGGGGGCCCGCCUGUGCCUGCUUUCGGGGCGGUGGGCGGGGAGGGCGCGCGGAUCAUGGCAUUGGGGCUCCCGGGCUUGCAGCCGCCGCCGCCGCCGCCCGGUCCGCGCAGCCCGAGCGCCCCCUCUUCCCGGAGCAGCAGCGGAGGCGGCGCGGCCGAUGGGGCUCAAGGCGCGCAGGGCGGCGGGGGCGGCGGGCGGCGGCGGCGGCGGGGGCGGCGGAGGCGGCGGGGCCGCUAGCCCGGCGGCCGGGGGGGACCCCGCGGCGGGAGGGGACCCCGCGGCCGGCGAGGAGGAGCGGCGAGCGGGGCCGGCGCCGGGCGAGGCGGAGCACGUCGCCGUGGCGCUGGGGGCCGGCGCGGACAGGGACGGGACGCUGCUGCUGGAGGGCGGCGGCCGCGGCGAGGGCCCCCGGAGGACCCCGCAGGGCCUCGGGCUCCUGGCCAGGACCCCCCUGAGCCGCCCGGCGAAGAGGAACCACGCCAAGUGCCGGCGCCUCCAAACUUUGAUCUACGACGCCCUGGAGAGGCCGCGGGGCUGGGCGCUGCUCUACCACGCGCUCGUGUUCCUGAUCGUCCUGGGGUGCUUGAUCCUGGCCGUGCUGACCACGUUCAAGGAGUACGAGACGGUCUCGGGGGACUGGCUUCUGCUGCUGGAAACCUUCGCGAUUUUCGUCUUUGGAGCCGAGUUUGCUCUGAGGAUCUGGGCUGCUGGCUGUUGCUGCCGUUACAAAGGCUGGCGGGGGCGGCUGAAGUUUGCCAGGAAGCCCCUGUGCAUGUUGGACAUCUUCGUGCUGAUCGCCUCCGUGCCGGUGGUCGCCGUGGGCAACCAGGGCAAUGUGCUGGCCACGUCGCUGCGGAGCCUGCGCUUCCUGCAGAUCCUGCGCAUGCUGCGGAUGGACCGCAGGGGCGGCACCUGGAAGCUCCUGGGCUCCGCCAUCUGCGCCCACAGCAAGGAGCUCAUCACCGCCUGGUACAUCGGGUUCCUGACCCUCAUCCUGUCUUCGUUUCUGGUCUACCUGGUGGAGAAAGACGUGCCGGAGGUGGACGCGCAGGGGGAGGAGAUGAAAGAGGAGUUUGAGACCUAUGCAGACGCCCUGUGGUGGGGCCUGAUCACACUGGCCACCAUUGGCUACGGAGACAAGACCCCCAAGACGUGGGAGGGCCGUCUGAUCGCAGCCACCUUCUCCCUCAUCGGCGUCUCCUUCUUCGCCCUUCCGGCCGGCAUCCUGGGCUCCGGGCUGGCGCUCAAGGUGCAGGAGCAGCACCGGCAGAAGCACUUUGAGAAGAGGAGGAAGCCGGCCGCCGAGCUCAUUCAGGCUGCCUGGCGGUACUACGCUACCAACCCCAACCGGAUCGACCUGGUGGCCACAUGGAGGUUCUAUGAGUCAGUCGUCUCUUUUCCGUUCUUCAGGAAAGAACAGCUGGAGGCAGCAGCCAGCCAAAAGCUGGGUCUCUUGGAUCGGGUUCGCCUUUCUAAUCCUCGUGGUAGCAAUACUAAAGGAAAGCUAUUUACCCCUCUGAAUGUAGAUGCCAUAGAAGAAAGUCCUUCUAAAGAGCCAAAGCCUGUUGGCUUAAACAAUAAAGAGCGUUUCCGCACCGCCUUCCGCAUGAAAGCCUACGCUUUCUGGCAGAGCUCCGAAGAUGCCGGCACCGGCGAUCCCAUGGCUGAGGACAGGGACGACGGGAACGACUUCCUCAUCGAAGACAUGAUCCCCACUCUGAAGGCCGUCAUCCGAGCCGUCAGAAUUUUACAAUUCCGUCUCUAUAAGAAGAAAUUCAAGGAGACGCUGAGGCCUUAUGACGUGAAGGAUGUGAUUGAGCAGUAUUCCGCAGGUCACCUCGACAUGCUGUCCAGGAUCAAGUACCUUCAGACCAGAAUAGAUACGAUCUUCACCCCCGGGCCGCCCUCCACUCCCAAGCUUAGGAAGCCUCAGAAAGGGGCCGCGUUCACCUACCCGUCCCAGCAGUCUCCCAGGAACGAACCCUAUGUGGCCAGAGCAUCCACGUCAGAGAUGGAAGACCAGAGCAUGAUGGGGAAGUUUGUGAAAGUCGAAAGACAGGUGCAGGACAUGGGGCGGAAACUGGACUUCCUGGUGGACAUGCACAUGCAGCACAUGGAGCGGCUGCAGGCGUACGUCCCCGCCUACGACCCGGCUCCAGCAGAGGAGAGAGGGGACCCCCGGGACUCGGAGAUGAAAACCAUCCUUUGCAACUACUCCGAGAUGGGGCCGCCGGACCCCUCCUUCAGCUCCCACCAGGUGCCCAUCAGCAAAGUCGGCCCCUACCGGUUCUUCGCCCACGACCCAGUGAGCCUGCCCCGUGGGGGACCCGGGUCCCUCUCCUCCUCUGCCGCGGAGUACAUGGAGAGGCCCACCGUGCUGCCCAUCCUGACGCUUUUCCCGUCCCCCACCGACCCGCACGGCCCCCGCGCGGACCGGGUCUCCCCCCGGCAGAGACGCAGCUACACGCGGGACAGCGACACGCCCCUGUCCCUCAUGUCGGUGGACCACGAGGAGCUGGAGCGGUCCCCCAGCGGCUUCAGCAUCUCCCAAGACAGAGACGACGUGUUCGGCCCGGGCGGGGGCUCCAGCUGGAUGCGGGAGAAGCGGUACCUGGCCGAGGGCGAGACGGACACGGACACGGACCCCUUCACGCCCAGCAGCUCCAUGCCUCUGUCCUCCACGGGGGACGGGAUCUCGGAUUCCAUAUGGACCCCAUCCAACAAGCCCGCGUAAAGGGGUCCUGGCGGACUCCUUGUGAUGCCCACAGACUCUGUACAGCCCACUUGCUCUCACGCCUGACACUCACCAGUGCGGUCACCCGUGGCCGCAUCCGACGCCUGCAUGUGCGUGAUGGCCCCCCGCGGGGCCGGCCAUGGCCUGUCCUCCAUGCCACCACCGUGAAGCCGCUUCCUUCCAGCAUGGUCUGCAUGUCCUUGCACUAGCUCUGGUCCCACUAGCCUCCUUGCGGACACACGCUCACCGGCUCUUCUUCUUUUUGCUCGUGGUCAGACCAGUCCCGGGACCGGGAGGGGUCGCCCACGAGCUCUGCUCUUCGUCUGUCUGUCUGGGCGGCUGGUUUGGUUUGAGUUUGGGUUUGGUAAGCAGGGAGGUAGUUUAAGUUCUUUCUCUGGUCCCCACCCCAGCCAGGAGGGUUCUCCCGUGCCGAUGAGGUUGCCUCCCAAGGUAAGGUGGUAGGAGAGGAGCGAGAUAUUUCCACAUCUACAAAGCCAAGAAGCUUCCAGAUUAUUUCAGUGAGGCAAAGCCUUCUCAAAGCCCUCCGCAGGCCCUCGCUGGUCUGCCAUUGCCUAGUGUCACACCCAGUUUCCUCUGUAAAAGGUGGUGGUUGUCCCAGUGUCGCAUUGCGGAUGAGCUAUGAGUUGGCGGGGAGAAACGCACACACACACACACACACACACACACACCUAUUUAAAAGUUCCCAAUUCCUGUAGCCAAAGAUGGUGACGUUGAUCAGAAGUGGGGCGCCCCUCUGCACAGCAGCUAAGUUCAGUGCCUUCAAAAUGAGGUUCCCACUCACCCUCCCCACAAGAACACCCAUCUCCAGUGGGACCCGGAGUCAAAGGGCACAUGGGCUGUCCGGUCCACGUCUCUCUGUAACACUGCGAAGCCUUUGGCUCCGCUCACGUGACACUCCCGGGGCCACUCCAUGUCCCUGGAGAGCUGGGCCCAGAGCCCGGUCCGCCGGCUCGCUCUGUCCCCUGGGCUCCUCUGGCUUCACUGCUCUGCCUUUCGUGCAGCGGGAUCCAGAAAUUGUGCCAGGACAACCUGUACUCAGUGUCCUGUGCAAAGCACUUACCACACAGUGUAUCUAGGAAGAGUGAGUUGUCUGGUCUCAUUUGCCAAAUAUGCUUCCUGAUGCGUUGUAUUUGGGAUCCAGGAAAAAAAAAAAUAGUACAAGCAGCUACUUGUAAUGGUAAUAUGCAGAUGGGCAAUAUUUCCAGAACCACCCUUUUUUACUCCUGCAGAUUUUUCAAAGCACUCCUACCCCUGAGACAGUGGAAGUGUCAGCCCUCAGCCUGCAGAGCACUGUUCCCCUGUGUGCGUCUCACCAUCAAUCACAGGCCAAAUAAGCUUAAGAAGCCGUGGCCUUUUAUGGGAUGCCGCUGUGAUGGAAAGGUUUCUGUGAGGUUUGGGUUAAGUAGCUAAAUGACGGUUCUGCAGUAUUAUUAUUGCCUCACCCUUUUAGCACAUCUCAGCACUGGUUGAGGAUGGUCACCAUGGAGACCAUCAAGAUGAUUGAAAUGGCAUAAACAAAUGUCUGCAUGUAAGUGUCACUCAUGUCCUCCCUCACAGUCUUGUCAGGAGCCAUCAGAGCCGUGGCAGACAUCUGGAUGGCGCUGUCUCCAUUACCCAACGCAGCGGACUUAACGUUCUGCGGGAGAGAGGAGCUAGGUUCUCGCAGUUUGAUUUUUGUCAAUAGGUGCUUAGCAUGCAGUGAUCAUGCAGGGCUGCUGCCUGGCUUUAGGGAUUUACAACCAAAGCCUGCAGUCCCUGGCCAAGGGCAGGCAUGGUGGCAGGUAGAAAGGGCGUUUGACAUGGAGAGUGCUCUGAAUGGUGGGUGGGUGUUGACCUUGAAGUCUGAGGUGGGAAAUACACAAGAAUGAUCACACACAUUGGAUAUGGAACCCCUACCCAGAUGGUUUGCCUUUGACCUUGCAGCAAUCUGAAGGGCAAAGGGCAUGGAUCAUUGGGUCUUCUCAGCUCCCCUCAACAUGCCAGGCAGUGCCAUUGGAGUUGACGCUGGGAACCCUAAGCCCCUUCCUUAGGGCUUGGUUCUUGAUUCUGACCUCCUGGGAUCUCUCACCAGAAAGGAUGGAGCCACUUACCAUCUAACCUGUUACUGUGUUCUUCUUUUUUUUUAUUUUUUAUGUAGGAGUUAUUUGAAACAAACAACAAAAAAAGGAGAAUGAAUCAAUCUAUAUAGGCACCAAUUGUUUUCCCUACCUUAUUAAUAUUUUUGAAGAACCUACUAAGCUUAGUAUCUUACAAAUAGAUCCAUUUUCCAAGAACUCAGUGGAGUUCUCGGCUGGAAGAGUGGGACUUCUCAUCCUCAAGCUAACAAUUGCCAUGGGCCCAAGCUUAGAGGACAGCCUAAGGGUCUUUUAAUAGUUUACAGCGGAUGGAGCUUGUAUUAUUUCCCUGCCAGCUCCUAAGACCAGGAUGGCAAGGUCUGGGUUUGUGCUCCUCACCAGCAGGUCUCCGACAUGGGUAUGUUGCCAUUAUCAGUGCAGACAAAGACCAAAUACAUUUUUCAUGAAUUAAUAAAGAUAAGACUCUUAAGAGCUAUUCUUUCCCAUCUUAAAAAAGAAGAAGAAGAAGAAAAAUUACCUGGAUAUUUUGCUUUUCUAUCCUCUUUGAAAAGCAAACCAAAUCUGCUCAAGUUAGCUGCCCCGAGGCAAUAUCACCAACAUAGCUGGCGAUAUGGUUGAUAAAGCAGACAGUCAAGGUCUAGAAUUGAGCAUAAGUUACAGGAAGAAAGUGUGUGCUUCCACAAAGAUCGUUGUGUCAAAAGAACAGAAUGAUGGGCUCAUCCAGCAGCAUUGGUUGCUAACAUGAAAGUUAUGCUGUUUCAGGCACACCAGUGGUUCUGAAACUAGCCCAGGAAAUUGCAGUUUGGGCAGAAUCCCAUGAAAUAGUGACCAAUUAAUUCCAUUAAUGAUUUUCCCAAGUGAAACUGAUCUCAUUUAUGUAUUCCAUCUCUGUGUGUGGCAAUAUGACACAUGAGAAUGUUAAGGGGUGAUGCUUUAGCGGGAUCAAAAUGAAUGAGAGAAAUCCACUUUCUCAGGUGAAAGGGGAUGUCAUUGGGCUGAGAAGAAAGAACUUGAAACCAAGUGUGAGUUAUGACUAUCAAAUACCAGCACAUGAGGAAACACAAAAUUUUUUUUGUUAAUUGUGAGAGAAAGAAACAACAAAACCCACACCGAAUUGAAAAGGUUCUUUUCACAAAACUGCUUUUUCUGGAAACUUAACUUACAUUUAUUAGACAUGACAUUGAUAUUAUGAAACUCUGAUUUUCAUUUAAGAAAAAACUAUCCAGAAAACCCCCAAGGUAUGCUAUAGUUCAAAAUUAGCUAAUUAAUUGACAGUUGUGCAUUAUGCCUUCCCUAUUUUGUGCCAGGCAGUUCCUGGACACUGUAAAUUGGAAGAAUAAUUACUUGUAAGAAGUCCCAACAUAACAGGAUCUACUCAAUUUGCCAAGACCAUUCUCAUAAUUUGAUGGCACUGUAAUGACUGUAAUGAAAACAUUUAUUUAUUAAUUUAUAAGAUUUAUUAAGCUGUCUGCUGGGCUCUAGGCAAUGCACUUGAAAUACAAAACUACAAAAACAACAGUUCCUGCCAACAAAAAGCUAUGAGCUUGGUGGCCUCAAAUAUUGGCAGUCCCUUCAAACUAUAUGUACCACCAAUGGCAAGUCUUGGUUUCAUCCCUGAUGACCAUUCUAUACAGACAGGGAUGUUUCCUAGCUUGGAGUCACUGGGAGAGUGAACAUGGAAGAAAUUGAGAGCAAAAAUUCUGCAUCAAAACAGUAAUGGCCCCAUCAACCCAGAGAAGGCUGAAUGGAUUGGAGACUUUGAGUUUGGGUUCAAUGCUUUGGACUUUAUGGCUCCAGAUAACCAUACAUGAAGAAGGUUCUAGAGUAUCUUGGAAGGUUCUUGGGGGGCAGUAGAGGGAACAGGUUUUUCCUCUCUAAACCCCUACGAGGAUUGAGUUCUGGCAGAUCACUCAGCUACUUAAAUGUGUUAAGUAGAAGCAUAUGGUACAGGCCCAAGACACAGUCUCCGUUUCCAGAGAAAGGUAGGACCACCUGAGGGGUCUGCUGAUCAGAGUCUUCUGGGGCAAGAGAAGAAAUUUAUCCAGAGCCCCGAGCAGUGGACUGCACUUGGGAAAGUGCUACCAAGCACACGCCAGGCUUCCCCCAGAAGAUACCAUGCAGCUGGUCUUUGUUUUCCAUGAAUAUGCUUCCGGGGCAUCUAGAACCAAGUCCUCUUGGCCUCCACGUAACACAUAAGUUUCAGUGGAAAAUCAGCUAAAAUGAGCUGAGUGUGAUACAGAUCACCUGAGUGUGAUUUAUCAUGAAGCAGUCAAAAGCCUAGCCCAGCGCUUCGGAAUAUGUUUGUCUCCCCUUGGACUUGACAAAGGAAUGAAAGUUUGAUGCCGAAGAGCAAGUAAAAGUGAGCAUGUUCUUUUUCAAUGUUCCGUUCUCCUCUGCCCGCAAGAUGGAGGCCAGGGAAGGAGAAACUGACCCUGAGCUCUUGAGUUGCCAUCAAUAUAAUAAAUUUCUGUCUUGACUUCAUGCGAUCCUCAUUGCAGCCCACGGGGGAGGUGUGUAAUCUCCAUCCUACAGAUGAGGAAACUGAAGUAGAUGGGAAAUACCUUGCCAAAGCUCACUCAUCGUAAGAGUAGAUCUGGGGCCAUAAUCAAAACCCAUGUCCCCCAGCCAAGUCUCCCAGGAAAAGCUGCCAGAUCUUGCCCUCUGGUCCUUCUCCAGACCUUGCCUUCCUCUGCCCAGUCAGCUUUAGAGUAAAAUGAUCACAGACCCAUUGCUUCCCUGGAGAAAAGAGAGAUUCCUGCGUUGGUUGCUCCACUUUGAUAUUCAGUGGGUUUUGCUUGUUCCUUUGAGUUGUCAGUGACAAAAUAAUGCCACAUAAAUUAUUCUCCUGGUUCGUGUUGGAAUCCAUCGGCUCUUAGAGUUUGGUAUGGCUGCAGAGAGUCCCCUGAGCACCCCUUGUUCUCGGUCCCAAGAUCUGUCGUCGUUUUAACCAAACAAGGUCAACUGUCCCUCCUGACUCAAUCUUGUGUGUCUAGACUGUUCCUUUAUGACAGGUCUUUGAAAACCUGCAGAAACAGGUGGAUCUUCAGAAACACUCUAUUUCUUUCUUGAUGGGAAAAGAUGAAGGUUCCCAGGAGAAGCCAGCCUGGUCUGGGGAUGGGGCCUCUUCUGCGUACUUUCCCAGGGAGGGGAGACCAGCCCACCUUCCACACGCGAGGGUUGUGUCCAGGUGGGAGGCCAGGCUCCAAGACAUGGGGUCAUUUUAUGGGGUGUCAGAGGUUUUGCUGCUAGAGACAAGUGGUGGGCUCCAUCUUGAAAAUCCCCAGAGAAAGAUGGGCCAACACAUCAGAUUUGUCCAUCAUUCCAUUUUAACAAGAAAAAUGCUCUCCCUGUUGCUUCCAAUGUGACAUGGCUGUCCUUUUUUCUCUUUCUAAUGAUCAGUGAGGGAAACAGAGACCCCCUGUGUUUCAUUUGGGAUUGUGUUUCCUUUAACCCCCUUUUGCGGCAUAGAAAUCUGGUGCCUUGCUCCUGAGAUCGUCUCCAUGCUCUGAGUACGCUUUCCUCACCUCUGGCUUACACGGGAACAUUCCACAAGUGGCCUUUAGUGCUCUUUAUAAUAUCAUUUCCUAUGAUUUUUAAACUGUACGUGUACUUUAUAUUCUGGCUCCGUCUGAUAUUUGAACAACUUUAAUAGGUUGGUUUCCAUAUAUUAUGCAAAUAAUUCUUACCUGGUUUUUUAUGUUCUCUCUCAAAACAAGUAACUACUGCACCACUUAUUAAUAAAUAGACAUUUCAACGAC